AAAUCCUCACAAACAUGUUUUGUUUUUCAUUUUGACAUCCAUGUUUUUCUCUAUCAUAUGUCACACCAGCCUCUGAGCCAAGAUGCCCCGCUCUGCAGCCAAGACCCAAGCUGACAAGCAAAGACGUACGUCGUCUGUCCAAAAACAUACACCUCGAACGCAGGACGUGGAAGUGGAAGAUAUAUCUGGGAGCUCAACUCAGGCCAAGAUGCCCCGCUCUGCAGCCAAGAUCCAAGCUGACAAGCAAAGACAUAUGUCAUCUGUCCAAAUACAUACAGCUUCAAUGCAGGACCUGGAAGAGAAAGAUAUCAGUUCUGGUUGCUCAACUCAGGCCCAAUGGGAAGACAUUUUGAUCCAGGAGGAUGCACAUGAGGCAGUGGGGGAGAUCAUGGACGAACUGUUGAGCCAAGUCAUGGAAGGCUGUUUCAAAGUGUACAUUGAAAGGCAGCUAGCACCUUUCACCGCAUCCUGGGCCAAGACCUACCUCACACAGAUUCUAGAUCAGCAAAUCCUGUGCCCAGAUGAAGGAGAAGCACCAGAGGAAGCAUCUGAAACAGAAGACUCAGAGCCAAUGCCAGCAACUUCAGAUGCCUGGGUUCAAGGAUGUGUGCCUGUUGUGAAUGCUACCCCUCGACCUCACUCUGCCUCAAAACAGGAGGCUGACAUUGGCCAGGUUCCAGUACAAACAGAGCCAAGGGUCAACAAACAAUGCAAUGUUAUGGCCCAAACAAACAGCUCUCCAAAGCAAUCUGAAAAGGAAACAAGUCCCAGGAGGCCUGUCAGUUACGAUUGCUAUAAAGUGCUUAGUCCUCGCCCCCUACCAAAAAUUGAUUUAAAGAAAAAGCAACAGGUUAAUAUACCUCCCAAGCCUGCUUCAGGCAAAAUACUGCCACCCCUGUCAUGUUCAGCAGAAAAAACAGAAGAGGAAGUAGAAGGUAAAGAUUGGACACAGUCUGCUUCUAACCAUAAGACUGGAUCAUUAUAUCAACAUAAGAACUACCAACCCAUACGAAGGCUCGAUCCGUCCUGCUUGCCUCGACACUGCAUCUUUCCUCAGUAUGAGAUUGUGGAUAAUGAGUACACAAAACCCAAUUCCAAGAAACCAAGCGGACCAUCCAAACUAGAGGCAAGAUAUAACAAGCAGCCAACAGAGAGGACUGUAUCCUCACUGAAGCAACAAACCAGCUCCAAGGAUCAGCCAGCAAAGCUUCUGAGGAGAAAUGAGGCAGAUGUCUGGCUGAAGAAAUUGUCUCCCUCCAGACAUAGGAAGGAAGGGACGGUGUCCUCUGGGCCUCUGAGCCUGGACACAAUGGUUUUGGCCAAAGGUGUUUCUCUCCAAGAUCCCCAUGCAGUUGAAAUGAACCCUGUCAAAUGUAACCCUCCUACGCAGUCUACCAAGCUGAGGCUGAUACGAAGUGAUGCAGCUGUGCCACUGUUUUCAGUUGAUCAGGUUACAGCAGGUCCACCACCUCAGGUCACCCCUUUGUUUCAAUCCAAGAAGUGUGAAAACUGAUUAUAAAAUUUAGUGACAAUACAUGUCUAUGACUAUUUUUAGAGCAGGAUGACCAUUAUGUUAACUCAUGGCCCCAGUAAAAGACUCUGCUUUCUGUCUGUAUUGUGGCUUUUGUGGUCAAGACAAAAAGUGAAUACAAUUGUAAUGUAUCAAAUGACCAUGAACACCACAUAGUGAACCUUGAGCCUUCAGGCUCCCUGUAGAAGGUGUCUGAUAAACUUUUCUCUCCUGUUCUUCUUUUUUUUGUUCAGAGCAUUUUCUGUAUAAAUGUGCACAUUACAAUACAUUAAGACAAAAGAGCAUGAGAUAAAAAAUCAAAGUAGAUGACAUAGCCCAGGAAAUAUUUGUUAUUGUAACUGUGAAUUGUUAUAUGGCAUUAUGCUUUGUAUUACAGAAUGUGUACAUGUUUUUAUUACAACUGGAGCAGCUCCCUGUGACAGAGGUGAUUAUCGAAAUGAUAAAUAACACUGUAUACAAACAUGAAAGGUAAAUACAAUUCAUACAUAGCUAACUGUGAAAGUGAAGUGGCAUUUACUAACUUAGGGAUGAAAAAGCCCUGAGAUUACUAAGGUUGGAGGGGAGGGUAACGUCACGGCUGACAGGAGCUAAAUAUAAGUGAGGUUCACAAAAUGACACACAAUAUUUUUCAAGUAGAGAGUAUUAAAAUGAUUUGAAAUUUCACCACAGCACCAUCUGCUGACAUAUACUGGACAUACAUGAUACAUUGGCAAAGUUGUGAACUGACUUUUACAGAGCUGCUCUCCAAUGUUUUGUUCAAAGACAGUCAAUCUGGAGAUGUGUGGACGCUUGUGUCUUUAACUCAAGUUUUGAAGUUCAGCUGCAUUUUUGAAGCAACAGGCCAUCUCAAGCUAUUAAAGUUUUUUCUAAAUUAAGUGUCACAUUGUUAAAUUAAUUAAGCCUCAUAUCCAGUGGGUCUGUGAUGACAUAAACCUAAAUCUGGUUGUGAUUUACUUACUUAUGGUUUAUGUGGCACACAGUGUAAAAAUACAGUUCUCAAGCAGCAAAAUAAAAAAUUA